AUGGAGAAUCAGACUCCCCGACGAGCGACACCGUCCUCCCCAACACAAAAAUAUCUCCUCGCGUACAAUGCGCUCUGCCUUGCGCUGUGGUCCAUCAUCACCCUCCGAGCCAUCCUCCUCAUCCCCACACUGACCGCGCUGGGACAACUCGAAAGUCUUCUUCCUGCUCUGUUUCCACUUCUCAAAUGGACCCAAACGAUAGCAAUGCUCGAAGUGAUUCAUGCAGUUGUCGGCCUCGUGAGGGCCAGUCCCCUCACGACCGCAAUGCAGGUGGCAUCACGCAUCCUAGUGGUUUGGGUGGUGCUGGACAUAUUCCCUCAAAUUGUGGUGAAGACAAAUAUCUUUGGAAGGCCAGAAGCAGGAUCGACGACGGGUCCGAUUGCAUUCGCCGGAAUUCUCUUAGCUUGGGGGACCACAGAAAUUAUCCGUUAUGGAUUCUUCGUGUGGAAGGCAUCUAUCAGUGAAAGAGUGCCCGAGGCACUGACGUGGCUGCGAUACAGCACUUUCUUCGUGUUAUAUCCGAUUGGCAUUUCCAGCGAAUGUUUGCUGAUGUAUCUGGCUUUGGCGCCGGCAGUCGAGCAAGGACAGGGACUCGACCUACUUUUGAAGGCCGUCCUCUUGAUAUACGUCCCUGGGAGUUACAUCCUGUUUACACACAUGAUGGCACAGCGACGGAGAGUCGUGAAAGGCAAAGGGAAAUCGACUUGA